AUGUACGCCCGAAGCGCACUCACCCUCCUCCUCGCGGCCGCUGGCCUUUUUUCAUUCUCAGCGGCAGCCGCUUCCGACUCCGACCCGAAGCCCGCCGCCACAGCCGUGCGAAACACCGUCAAGCCGCGCCAGACAUCCGACAACCUGCUCGGCACGCUGAUCUCGGCGGCCAACGCGUUCAAGAUCCAGGCGUGCAUCCCGGGCGCGCUGCCGCUGGUGACCCAGCUGCCGCCGCUGCCCAAGGGCCUCGUCAACAACGACCUGCUGACGCAGGCGCUGAGCCAGACCACGCUGGCGCUGUCGGACGUUUGCGAUUUUUCCAUCACGGGCGCCGUGGGCGACGUUUACACGGCAUACCUGCCCACGUGGUACAGCUGGUACCGCGCGCACUCGGCCACUAUUGCGAAGAUCAUCACGGCGUGCCCGAGCGCGAGCGCGCUGGUUACUACUGUUGAGGCUUAUGAGAGCUGCGCGCAGGUGCCGAAGACUACUGCGACGGGUAGUGGUAGUGCUGCGACGGGCACCGAGACGGGGACGGCUACGGCUACCGGGGCUACGAAUACGGCAGAGACGUCGACCUCGACGACGGUUCAGGGCGCCGCGGCGCCGCAGGAGACUGGGUUCAUGGCUGCUGCUGCUGCUGCUGCGGGGCUCAUUGGCGCGAUAGCUGUGUUAUGA